AUGGCCCCAGAGCCACCAUCGACAUGAACUGAGUCCAAAUAUUAUUAUCAACUUAACCUUGAAAGCAUAAUCUAUACUUCUAAUACUCUCGCUCGACUCUUUUGUUUUAUGUCAUAUCCUUUCUUUUAAUAUCUUCAUUUACCUGUGUCCACGCCCAUAACAUCCACCAGACUCUAAACCAGCUCUCUCCAAUCGCGACAUUGAAUCUAAGACGCAAACGAUAUUCAACUAUAGCUGCUAAGUGCAGUCACAAUGGGGCGCACAGACACCUGUACCGAAGUCUCCAUCUACUGCCCAGUGUCGGCGACGACUCUCGGGUACUAUCCGAACCUGGGAGCGAACGUUUUCUUCACAGUAGCAUACGCAUUAUGCGCGCUCAUCACGGUCGCGAUAGGCCUAUGGAAGCGAACAUGGGCAUUUGGGAUUGUUGUCGGCGCAGGGUUUAUACUUGAGACUUGUGGAUACAUUGGCCGUAUUCUUAUGCACUCAAAUCCCUGGUCCGAUCCAGGAUUCAAGCUUGAUUUAGUCUGUAUCAUCCUGGCACCAACCCUCAUCUGCGCGGGCAUCUACCUGACCCUCAAACACGUGGCGCGCACCGUCGGCCCGUCCUUUUCACGCGUCACACCUCGGCUCUACACCUGGAUCUUCAUCCCCUUCGACGUCUUCUGUCUCUGUCUGCAAGCCGUCGGCGGGGGCGUCGACGCGGCUGCCUCGAACGAGACACCCGUUGACGCAAAAAGGCUGAAGACCGGGAAUGACAUUAUCCUCGCCGGCAUAGUGCUGCAAGUGGUCAAUCUGGCUGUGUUUGGCCUGCUAUCCCUCGACUUCUUCCUCGCGGCUACCAAGCACUUCCACAAUGCCUCUCCUGAGCUGCGGAGCUCGGAGGAGGCGCGGAUUUGGUAUUCGCGACGCUUCCGGAUUUUCUGUGGUGCGGUUAGUGGUGCAUAUGCGGGGAUUUUGAUUCGGUGCAUUUAUCGUAUCGCCGAAAUGGCCGGUGGAUGGGGAAACUCGGUUAUGCGCAACGAAGUCCUAUUCUAUGUCCUCGAGGGAGCGAUGGUCCUAUACCCAGCUUUUCUCCUCACUAUCUUCUCCCCAGGAGUAUUUUUCCCAGAAAUGGGCUCAGCCACAAAACCAACCUCUCCUCUGCCCACAGCCGACGGGGAGAAAGACUACAAGUCGGAGACUCCUGAAGAAGGAGUGAUGUCUUCGUCGUCGAACAAGCGGAUUGUUACAGAGGCCUGAUUUGUGUCGUCAUGAUAUUAUUCUUUUUUUUUCGGCCUGUUUGGUCCCAAUUUAGUUGUUUAUUCAGGGCUAGUAGAUAAAGUGGUAUAUGACAUAAAGACAUAGAUGGCGGUUUGAAUCGAUGUAUAUUUUGAUACAGCGAUUACCCUUUGCGGCAGAGUAAUGGAUACCAGCCGUUUCCUUCAGAAGUACAUCGCGUAGAUCAAUCGACAAUUAC